GACCAUUGUUCGAUCCAAGUUAAAUACAAAAAUUAAAAAAUGAGUCCUUUUAUACUUGCCAUCUCAACCAUCGCCAUCAUCUUAGCGUACAAGCUGUACCAACGGCUAAGGUUCAAGCUCCCACCAGGUCCACGACGGUGGCCGGUGGUUGGGAACCUUUACGACAUAAAACCGGUUAGGUUCCGGUGCUAUGCAGAAUGGGCAAGGGCCUAUGGUCCGAUAAUUUCAGUAUGGUUUGGUUCAACAUUGAACGUGAUCGUGUCGAAUACGGAGCUGGCAAGGGAAGUUUUAAAAGAGUGUGAUCAACAGCUAGCUGAUAGGCACAGGACUAGAUCAGCAGCAAAGUUUAGCAGAGAUGGAAAAGACCUUAUUUGGGCUGAUUACGGACCUCAUUAUGUUAAGGUAAGGAAAGUUUGUACGCUGGAGCUUUUCUCUCCUAAGCGGCUUGAAGCUUUGAGACCUAUUAGAGAAGAUGAGGUUACUGCUAUGGUUGAAUCCAUCUUCCUGCACUGCUCCAAUCCUGAAAACCAGGGAAGGAGUUUGGUGGUAAGGAAAUACUUGGGAGCAGUAGCAUUCAACAACAUAACGAGACUAGCAUUUGGGAAGCGUUUUGUGAACCAUGAGGACAUAAUGGAUGAGCAAGGCCACGAAUUCAAAGCCAUUGUGGCUAAUGGACUUAAGCUGGGUGCAUCUCUAGCCAUGGCUGAACACAUUCCAUGGCUACGUUGGAUGUUUCCAUUGGAAGAAGAAGCAUUCGCCAAGCACGGGGCAAGGAGAGAUCGUCUCACCAGAGCUAUAAUGGAGGAACACAUCGUUGCUCGCCAAAAAAGCGGCGAUACCAAGCAGCAUUUCGUUGAUGCCUUGCUUACAUUGCAAGACAAGUAUGACCUUAGUGAAGAUACAAUUAUUGGACUACUUUGGGACAUGAUCACAGCAGGCAUGGACACAACAGCAAUCUCAGUAGAAUGGGCAAUGGCUGAACUAAUUAGAAACCCAAGAGUACAACAAAAGGCACAAGAGGAGCUAGAUCUUGUUAUAGGAUCCGAAAGGGUGAUGUCCGAAACUGAUUUCUCGAAUCUCCCUUACCUUCUAAGUGUAGCCAAGGAAGCACUAAGGUUACAUCCCCCGACACCAUUAAUGCUACCCCACCGUGCGAAUGCUAACGUCAAAAUCGGUGGCUACGACAUCCCGAAGGGAUCAAACGUGCAUGUUAACGUAUGGACGAUAGCCCAUGAUCCGGUUGUGUGGAAAGACCCUGAAUCGUUCCGACCAGAACGAUUCCUUGAAGAGGACGUGGAUAUGAAAGGCCAUGAUUUUCGUUUACUUCCGUUCGGUGCGGGGAGAAGGGUUUGCCCCGGUGCACAACUUGGGAUCAAUCUAGUAACAUCCAUGUUGGGUCAUUUAUUACACCAUUUUUGUUGGACACCACCUGAGGCAAUGAAGGUUGAGGAAAUUGACAUGCUUGAAAAUCCUGGUUUGGUUGCUUACAUGAGGACUCCAUUGCAGGCAAUGGCAACUCCUAGGUUGCCUUAUCAUCUUUACAAACGCAUUGCUGUUGAUAUGUAAUAAGUUUUAUCUGUUUUAUUAUGUCUUUAAGUGAUAAAUCUUAUCUGUGAUUGGUCGGAAGAAGAAAGGACCAGAUAAAAAAUCUCAUUACUAUAUAAACUUUAAUUUCAUUGACAAAUUUAUAUAGUUUGUAUAUGGCAUAUUAUCAAUAAACAAAUUUAUAUACAUCCGUAAUGAAAAAGCUUCGUUUUCACCAAACA